ACCAUAACCCAGAUACCAGACACAACACAAAGCUGCGGCCAGAGAACCAGCUGAGGACCUGACAGAGCACAGGCAUGAACGACAUCAAGUUGGCCUUGCUGGGAAGCCAGGGGGCUGGGAAAUCGGCUGUCCUUGUGCGGUUCCUGACCAGGCGCUUCAUUGGUGAAUAUGCCUCAAACGCCAAUUCCCUGUACCAUAAGAGGCUGUCAAUCGAUGGCAGGCAACUGAAUUUGGAAGUUUUUGAUCCUUGUUCUCAGAGCUCAGAGGCCAGGUGUAUACUGGAGGAGCCGGUGGACUGGGCAGAUGGCUUUGUUGUGGUGUACAACAUCAGCGACCGCACUUCCUUUAUCAAUGCCAAGAACAUCGUGCGGCAGAUUCGGGAGGCACGGGCAGACAACUGCAAAGGGGACACGGAGGUUCCUGUGUGUCUGGUGGGCAACAAGCAGGACCUGUGUCACGCCCGGCAGGUGCGAGAGGACGAGGGCCGCUGCCUGGCUCAGGAGAACCGCUGUCACUUCCAGGAGGUUUCAGCAGCCGAGAGCUACCAGGACAUUGCCAACCUCUUCACCCAGCUCAUCCGGCAGGUGAUGGAGCACCUCAAGUACAGAGCAGACCGACGACGGUACAGCGGCUCCAAGUCUAUGGCCAAGCUCAUCAACAAUGUGUUUGGCAAGAGGAGGAAGUCAGUGUGACAGUUCCAGUGAAGCUGGAAUGACUGGGAUGUUGUGUUUGGACCCAUAUUAAAGGGAACUGGCGAAGAAGUUACAUGGUGGGUCUAAAAAGUGUUUAGUACAUACACUACACAGCGGUCCAAACAUUAAACCUGCGUCCACACUGUGAGCAAUUUGCAUAGUUGGUGGGAAGGUUUGGAUGGUGUCUGUGGGUCUACAACAUUUACAGAUAGACAUUAAUAACCCUCUUUGACAAGUUUUGUGGUUUGACUUGGAUACAUUUCUCUGCAUUGAGUUAAGUCAGCUUUUUAGAAAAGGACCUAUUGUGUUAUCAUGUGAUUAAAGUGAAGCAUGUCAUUGGUUUCCAACCUCAGGGUCAGGAGCCUAAUAAUAGUCGCAAGAUGAUUAACAGGACAGGAGAGCAUGAAAACCUUAAAGAUGGGCGACGAGGAUCCACUUUCUCCUACUGAACAAAGAUUAAGCCAGAAUAUUCUGGAUAUGGGUGCUGCUGACUUGCGCUGGUGAUCAUUUGGACCCAGAGUCUGUGCAGUAGGCUAGUGGUCGGGGUGGGAGCUGCGUAGCCUUUCACGGUCUCGCCCAUAGGCUACACCCCACCAACUCAAUUGCAAGAAGGGCUCAAGCAUCAAUCGUGAUGUAUAGCCCCCCUUUUAUAGCAUAAAAUAACUAGGCUAAUCAAAACCAACCUUAUCAGAACUUGAAGAUAAAUCAACCUGAUAAGGAAUAGCUUACCUAAAAUUACAGAAACUAUCUUUGGGAAAAAUGUUUUUGACGUGUAGCCUUUGAUUUUUUUGUUUGGCUCCCAUUCUUAACAUGAAGGGGGCAGGGUUUAUGACCUACCCCAUACCUCAGCCAGCCACCAGGGGGCAAUAAAGAUGUUUUGGUUCCCCCUCAGCGUACCAGUAUCAGUACCUCAGCACCACAUAUCUAUCAUUUGAUCCUGUACUUUUGUGAGUAUUAACAAAUUAUUCUUUGAAAUAACUUGUUCCAUUUAAUUGCCCUGAAAAACUACACAGGAUGUUUCACCUAUUCAUACUUUGCUGGUGAUUAUGUGGGGUUGUAAAACUACCGAUAAGAAUGAUAAAAAGGAAGAUUGUCCCGCUCAGGUCAAACAAAGCUAUAAGGACAAUGUCAAUCAAGCACAGUCUGCACUUGCUCACACAGUCCAAAAACACCAAUGGUGUGUAGCGCCUCAAAUUUUUCAAAUACAAUGUUUAUUGGUGUGUUCAGUCCGUUGUAGCAGACCUUUGAUUAAAUGUGGCCUAAAACUAUCAAAGUUAUGACUAAAAUCAAUAAAUGUAUUAACUUAAUCAAUCACUUAAUCAAGACAAGUAAUGUCAUCCAGAGCCAGCUUUCAUUUCUUAGCAUGUUUUGAUGUAGACAAAAAGCUGCAAACCUUACAGCUAUUUUCUAAGCAUAAUCUAUUGCUGUUGUUUUUUCACAUGACGCUUUGAUUGGUUGUAAUCAGCUUCUCCUCCAUCUUUUACUCGUCAGACAUAUAUUUUUUAUUAUUAAAUAAAAUCACAACAUGGAGGAAUGCAAGUCUGAUAAGCUGUUAGCGAGUCAUGAUGAAAUGUUCAGCCAACUUUUCUCCACCACAGUUUGCUCUGAAACUCCCUAAUCAAUGUGCUCACAUUAUGAACUCAGGGUUACUGACUGUCCCUGUUGUUGGCACUUAACUUA